UUGACAGAAACAUCAUCUGGUGGUGAAAUCACUGUUACUGUGCCUACAUCAUCUGGUCUUACAGAUGAAAAUGGAACUAACAUUGACCUACCAUCAGAGGGUGAUGUGGUGCAAAUUGGUGACAUAUCUGUUAGCCAAAAUAAGACAUCCUUUACUGUCACUGGAGGAGACUCUUCUACAGAUAUUGUAGUGAAUAGCAUUGGUGUAAUUGACAGUGAUGGUAAUGUAGUUCAUUUGUCACCAGGUGAAAGUGUACUACUUGGUGAUAUACUUGUUGAGCGUGUUGAUGAUGACACCUAUGUUAUCACCAGUGAAUCAACAGGAACUAGAGUAACUAUUACUGUUGAGGUACCCAAUACAACUGGACUUACUGAUUUAGAAGGCAAUGACAUUGAUAUGUCAUCUGAAGAUCCUGUUUCUGUUGGAGAUAUGACAGUUGGCCAAGAAACUGAUAAUUCAUUCUCAGUAACUGGUUCAGAUGGAACAUCAUUUACUGUGAAUGACUCUGGAGUUAUUGAUAACAAUGGUGAUAUCAUUGAUAUACCAACUGGAGAAAACACUACUAUUGGUGAUGUAACUGUUACUCGUGUACAUGAUGAUACAAUUAUCCUGACUGAUGAAUCAACUGGAAGUGAAGUUGCUGUCACAGUUACACCACCCAACACAGGAGUUACUGAUAGUGAAGGAAAUCCUGUUGACCUUACACCUGGAGGAUGUUUCAUCUGUUGGCAAUGUAACCAUUAGCACUCAGACAGGUGGUACAGCUUUCAAUAUAUCUGAUGGUUCAUCCAAUGGAACGAUUAAAGUCACUGUAGCUGGUAUAACUGAUAACAAUGGUGAAAACAUUGAUCUCUCAUCUGGUGAAAACAUUACUGUUGGUAAUUUGACUAUCACCAAGGUAGAUGAAGACACUUUUGAGGUUACUGAUGACACUACAGGAAAUGAGGUUACAGUUACUCUUACUGAACCAACAUCAACUGGUGCAACUGAUAAUGAAGGAAAUCCUCUUGAUAUUACAUCAGGAGAUGGAAAUGGCACAACCAUUGGUGACAUGACAAUAUCUCAAGAUAGUCAAACUAACAUUAUCUCUGUGACAGAUGGAUCAUCAGGAACUACUUUGAAUGUUACUGGAACUGGCAUUGUUGAUGAAGAUGGUAAUACAAUCAUUCUCAAAGAAGGAGAGAAUACAACAAUUGGUGAUAUAACUGUAACACAAGUACAAGAUGACACAGUUGUUGUAUCUGAUGGAUCAUCUGGAAGCGAAGUUGUAGUUACUGUUGUGACUCCACCUGGUAUCACUGAUGAUGAUGGAAACAAUGUUACCUUAACAACUGAAACAGUUGCAACUGUGGGUGAUAUGACCAUCACACAAGAAAACAAUGGAACUACAUGGUCAGUAACUGAUGGAUCAUCUGACAGCACAAUCAAUGUUGGUGGAACUGGUGUCACUGAUGGCAAUGGUGACAUAGUUGAUAUACCAAUAGGUGAAAAUGUAACAGUUGGAGAUGUGACCAUUACAAGAACUGAUGAUAAUACUUAUACCAUAAAUGAUGGAUCAUCUGGAAGUGAAGUCAUAGUUACAACUGAAGUCCCAUCAACAACUGGAGUCACAGAUCUAGAUGGUAAUGCUGUUGAAACUUCACCUGAUGGCACUUCAACAGUUGGCGAUAUGAUUGUUUCACAAGAUAGUGAUAAUAGCUCUAUUGAAGUAACAGAUAGUUCAUCUGGAGAAACUGUAACAAUAACUGAAACUGGUGUAAUUGAUGGGGACGGCAACAGUGUAGACCUUUCCCCAGGAGAAAAUACAACAAUUGGUGAUUUAACAAUUCAUCAAGUGCAUGAUGACACUGUUGUUAUCACUGAUGCAUCUGGAAAUACUGUUGUUGUCACUGUUUCAACUCCGACUCUGAACCUGGAGUCACUGAUGGGGAUGGUAAUACUGUUGAGCUUACACAGGAAGAUGUGGCAAAUGUAG